AAGCAGAAUACGAAUACCUAGUGGCAGCGGAAUUUCGGGUGUUUCUGACUGAACAGAGAACAACAUCAUGUCGAAAACUACAGCACUUGGGGUUUCAGUGGGAAGCAAUGAAGGCGAGGGCAAGUUCCUCUGCCUCACCAUAUUGGGCUACAAAAAAGCUGGGAUGCAUGAGGACGACUACCAGCAUCAUAUGACCCAAGUCUCGGCGCCCAUGACCAAAGAUUUGAUGGUCAAGUACGGCAUCGUAAGAUGGACGCAGAUCCACAACAAGUCGGCGACGCGCGCCAUGAUGAGCCAGCUUUAUGACCCGCAGAUGGCGAAGACGGCCGAUUUUGACUGCUUCAGUCAAGUGGUUUUCAAGUCUUUAGAGGACUAUAAGCGCUUCAAACAGGAUCCGGAGUACAAGCGGCGAUUGAUGGGUGACCAUGAGAAAUUCGCAGAUACGAAAAGGAGCAUGAUGACUAUUGGCGAGAUCACACAGUUCAUUGACGGCGGCGUCGUUGUGGAUGGACUGGAGGACCCGGCAAAGUCGGUUGCUGGUUACCAGACCGCGGCAUUGGUUACAGGUUCCUUCCUAUCCGGUGCCAUGAUGGCGUUGUCUCUGGUGGCGGUGCCCGUCUUCCUGGACACGACCCAGACGGCGAGCCAGCUGUACAUCCAAUGGGCUCGUACGUACCACUACGGCCACCUUGGACUUCCGGCCUUGUCCGUCUCAACACUCCUUCUCUAUCUGUAUACGGCCCAGCGGAAGAGGAGUGCUGGUAACUCGCGGUGGCGGUCACAGCUCCUUUCCGGUAUAGUCACCGUCUUGAUGGUACCGUUCACCUGGGUUGUCAUGGUGCCCACCAAUAACAAGCUGUUCGCUUUGGAAGCGCAGGCGAAAGCCGGGGUGCUUCCCGCGGGGGGUCUAGCUGAGGCGCAGGAAAUUGUGACAAAAUGGAGUCUGUUGCAUGUUGCGAGGUCAUUAUUUCCACUGGCCGGAGCAAUUCUGGGGGGCAUGGCGCUGAGGAGGAACCCGAAUUAAGAUAGACCUUGAUUCAUUGGAUCGAAUGAAUCCAAUGUGCGAGCGGC